AUGCCCAAUGUUAAACUAAUUCCAAACAAUCCAUUGAUUGGAAAUUUCUCUGCUUCUCCUGAUUCAUUUCUGGGUCUGGAGACAUCAUGUUCUGACUCAGACCCAUAUGAUAACUUCACUCUUACCUGUACAGCCACUAAACCAACCAUAGUAAUACCAAACCUGGUAAUAGCAUGGACUCAUAAUGGUACAAUAGAAACUGGUUCUGUGACUACUACUGGAGGGAAUAUGACUACCACUGUUACUAAUAUAUUGAGUUUCACCACAAGUACUGCUUCUGAUUCUGGUACUUAUAGAUGUACUGCUAGUAUUACUAUACCUAAUUCACCUGAUAUCACUACUAGUGAGGAAAGUACUGUGACUAUAAGACCUCAAACUUUGCCUGUUACUGCUACUAAUGUAACAGCUACUCCAGGAACAACUAGUCUUAAUGCUACUACUGCUGCUAUAUCAUUCACAAUACCUAACAUUGCCUAUACACCUGAAAACUACAGUGUUAAGUAUACUGGAGCAAUCUUACAAACAACAGAACAAACUUCUAUCAUAAAAAUGAGCUCUGAUAACAUCACUGCAACUAACCAAGAAUUUACAAUCAUCUUGACUGGCCUUGAGGAAGAUACCAAUUAUACAUAUAUAAUUGAUUCUACCAAUUGUCUUGGUACUACUAGUACUGCAGAGAUGAGCUUUAGAACAAUCCCAACAUUGCCAGUGGGGGAUCCAAUGAAUUGUGCUAAUAUAACAUUCUUGCCACGUGAUGUCACUCUUACCUGGACUGCACCAGCACUAAUAAAUCAAAAUGGAGCAGCAGUUGGUUAUAAUUUAGUAUGUAUGAAUGCUAAUGGUGUAUCAAUCAAUGGAUUCAAAACACGAUCUACAACAAGGACAUCAUUCACUAUUACUAAUGUUACGCCUUUUACUAGUUACACUUGUGAGCUGUCAUUUAUUAAUAUAGUAGGAGUAGGACCCCCUACCCAGUGUACUUUUGAAACAGCACAAGAUAGACCUGAUGAUGGACCACAGAACUUUACUUCUACCCCAACAAUGACAACAGUUACAUUUAGAUGGAGCAGACCAUCAAUACCUAAUGGAAUAAUCACUGGGUAUCAACUCAGAGUUACUAACUUAGAAACAAAUGCUUUUCACAUUAUGAAUAUCUCUUCUGAUCAAUUAAUGUAUACACUUAAUGAGGAAGGAUUCUUGAGUGCUUAUAAUAAUUACACUGCCACUGUUACUGCUAGCACUGUCAUUGGGUUUGGACCUAUAUCUACUACUGCAGGAAGAACACUACCAGACAUGUCUAGUCCUCCUCUAUUGGUAACGAGGGAUAUUACUAUAUCUGGUACAAUAUUCACUACAUUACCAUCAGUGGAUAAUCACACCAUUAAUGUGACAUGGUCUCCUCCUACUACACCAAAUGGACGCAUUAUGAACUAUACUAUUGAUGUUGAUGGAUAUACUAAUGGAAAUAACUUGAUAAGACGUACAAUUACUGAUGUUAACAAAAACUCUUUUAUGGAAUUGAUUACUAAUACUACAAUAUUAACUCCUGGUGUACCAUAUAAUGUCACUCUGGCUGCUUAUAAUGAGUUUGGUAGAGGAAUGCCAGUUGAGGUUACUGUCUUUACUAGAGUUUUGACUCCUAGUGUAUCUCCAUCAGGCAUAAGAGGGAUCAGAUCUGCUGAUGGUACUAAUAUGACUAUUACUUGGAAUGCUGUGUCUCUUGAACAAGCCCGUGGUUUCUUUGAAUACACAAUAAGACUGACAAGAUCCAGCAGAAAGAGGCAGACCACAGGAGAUUUAGUAUACAGAAUCCCUUAUAGAGAUACCAGUUUUAUUGCUACUAAUCUUGAUGGUCAGGCUACUUAUGGAGUAUCAAUGGGUCUCUCUGUUGAUGAUGGUUCAGGCCAGGGACCUAUUGCUGGACCUACUAGUGAACCCAUUGAAGUAGUCUCUCCAGAUCCCAAUACUUGUAUCAUGGACACUACAGUCAGUGCUGAUCGUGGUACAUUUGAAUGGCCGGUUACAAUAUCAGGCAGUACAGUUAAUGUGUCAUGUCCUAAUGGUCCUACUGGAGCUGUCGCUACUAGAAGAUGUGUUACUAACAGCAGAUGGGAAUCGCCUAAUGUAACAUCCUGUGCAACCACUGAGGUAUCUCGUGAAUUUAGAAACAUAUCAAAAAUAAAUAUUACUAUUGACAAUGUAGUAACAGUAUCUGAGAACCUAACUGAUCUAGUGGGCAGUACUACUGAUACUGCUGAUCAGAAUACUGACAACAUUCAAGUAGUGUCUACCAUAUUGAACCAAACAGCAACACUACUAUCAAAUCCUAUGGUAAUCAUGAGUCUGUCAUCAUCAGAGCUGUCAAUGACAACAGAGAAUACUGUGCAAAUACUAGACAGCAUUGAGGAAUGGUCACCAAAUGUAUUGGAGACAGAAUCUAACAACAUUAUCAAUUCUUUUGAGAAGAUUGUGGAUGCUUUAAUAAAUCAAGACAAUUUUACUAAUAUAACAAUUGUAGAAGAUGACAUUGCUUUAAAAGGAGAAAGAUUUCAACAAUCAGAAUUUAGUGGAAUAGUAUUCACUGCAGCCUCUUUUGAUAAUAGAUUGAUAGUUGACACUCAAGUAGAAGACGAUGAUGCAAAUGAAAUGAAUCUUAACAGAAUAGCAUCAAUCGGAUUGCCACAAAGCAUUAGAAAUAUUGUUCAGAGUGACAGCAUUGAUUUAUCAUUCACACUGUACAAUCAAUCAGUACUCUUUCCUGUUCGAGAUCCUCCCCCUAAUACAAUAGUAGGAUCAUCAGUCAUUGGUGCAAGAAUUGGUGGAGUGGCUGAUGGUACUAAACUACCUGAUCCAGUAGUCAUUACUUUGUCUCUGAAUAGAGUAGCUAAUAUUAGUAACCCUCGCUGUGUGUACUGGAAUUUCACUACAGCAGGUGGCAGGGGUAAUUGGUCUACUGAUGGUUGCAAUACAACAUUUAAUACUACUGAUGAUGAUCUUAGUUUUAUAGCCUGUCAUUGUGAUCAUUUGACUAAUUUUGCUUGUCUUGUGGAUGUAUCUGCUAGAGUCAAUGAACCUACCCAACCUCCUCAAUAUGUCACUGUUACACUAGAAGUUGUAUCAAUUGUUGGUGUGUGUCUCUCAAUAGGUGGACUAGUACUAACAAUUAUCACUUUAGCUAUAUUCAAAAAACUAAGAACAAGAGAAGCUAGCAAAUUCCACAUUCAACUUUGCCUCUCAUUAAUUUUCAUGCUAGCAGUAUUUGUCAGUGGUAUUGAUAGAGUAUCAGUGAGAGCUGGUUGUAUAACAGUUGGUGCUCUCAUUCAUUACUUUGCUCUUGUUGCUUGGAUGUGGAUGGGAGCUGAGGCUUUACUAAUGUUUCAAAAACUAGUGAUUGUAUUCACAGACAUAACAUGGAAAUAUUUAGUUGGUAUCUCAUUGAUAUGCUGGACUCUACCACUCUUGCCAGUUAUAAUCACAUUAGCAGUUGAUGUUGAUUUUUAUAUUUAUUUAUACGAACCAGAAAACCAGUCUGGAUUCUGUUUCAUUAGUGACAUGAUCCCUUUUCUUGCUGCUUUUCUACUUCCAGUCUUCAUCAUACUUAUCUUCAACGUUAUCAUAUACAUCAUCAUUAUUCGUGUUCUUAUUCUCCACACUAUUCGUAAAAACAAGAGAAUGAGUAAAUCUUCACUCAAAACAUCUGACGCAAUAAAAAUGAUACUAUCAUACUCCGGUAUUUUGAUGCUGUUCGGUCUCACGUGGGUAUCUGCUGUCUUCACAUUCAUUUCUGAGCCCAACACUUCAUUCAUAGUUCAGUUCUUUUUUGCUUUCUUCAAUGCUUUUCAAGGUUUCUUUAUAUUCUUCUUUUUUAUCAUCCUGAGCAGUGAUUCAAGAGAUGCUUGGAAAUCGCUUCUCUGCCCUGGAGCUUUUGGAGAUGGAAUGAAACCACAGACAUCGACCACUCUUAAGAGCAAAACUUUAAAUAGCAAAACCAUGUCACUGCAGAAGAAAAACGUACCAAGAAAUGCAAUUUUAAGCUUUGGAGGAAAAAAUAUGCCCAAUGAAAAACAGACAGAUUUUACUGAUAAUAUAAUACUUGAGAAUGAAGCAAAUUUUGAAGACGAAGUAUUUUCUAUUGAUGAUGAGUUCAUGAUGUCCGAGUUUAAUAAUAUUCGUUUUGAUCGUCAACUUUCUGCUCGACGUAAGCACCUUGUGGAGAAAAUUGAGAUCGACUUUUUUGAUGUUGCUAAAGAUGAUUGAAAUAGUGAAGCAUAAACAUUUUCUUUUUAAUAAUUAGCUAUAGUUAUUUAAUCUAAUUUGAGACAUUUGCAUGUUUAAACAUAGAUUAUGAAAAUACAACUUAAUACCUGUUAAUGCAUUUUCCAUUGCUGUUAGGAAUUGUCCUGUUCAUUUAAUUUGUCUGUAGUCAUCAAUUUUAUAUUUUUUAUAGUUUUUUUUGCUGAUUUAGUUAAAUAGAUCAAUGUGUGUUAUAAUAUAUUUGUGUGAUACAUGAUAUUCAACUAACAUGAUACUUUUGACAAAAUGGUUUUAGUGUUAUUUUUUAAAACAGAUUUUUAUGGCAGCAUUAGUUUUUUACUAC